AUGACUAUAUGUCAACCAACUAUAUCAGGUAGUUGGUUAUUCUGGACUAGUUUGCCAUUGAGUUCUCUUGUCAUUCAACAGUCUUCACCAACACCACCAACUACAUCAUCAUCAUCAUCAUCACUGUCAGUAUCAACAGUAAUAGAUAUACAACAACAACAACAACACCAGCAGCAAAUACAACUAUUAAAUAAUCUAAACAAGGUAUUUCAAGUUCAAAGGUAUUCUGGACCACUUUGGUGGAAUGACAAGUAUAGAAUAUUACUCCUGCUAGAUGACGGCAACUCGAAUGGAUAUAUCAUAGCAUCGUCACCUACCAAAGAGGAUGUUAUUGCAAAUUGGGAGAUUUUAAAGGCUGUCUAUAUGGACAAGGUCGAGCAGAGUGGUCUGUCGACAUUCUCUGCUUCGUUUCUCUUGCAACUGUACAAAAAAUUGGCUAAAAAGAUGGUAAAGAUUGAAGGUGGUCUGUCAGCCUCUGUCUCUCCAUUUGACUAUAGUGCAACAGACUAUACAUUUAAAAACUCUCGUAUAUUGACACCAACAAAGUCUACUCCUCAAAAGGAUAAAGAUAACAACCAUAACAACCAUAAUCGUGAACAAAUGAAAUCAUCGGCUGGUUGGAGUGGUGGAGCUGUUCCAUCACCUCAACCAUCUCAACAACAACAACAAGGUAGUGGUCAUCAUGUUGGAUCACCAAAUAAUAAUAAUAAUAAUAAUAAUUGUAAUACUAUAAAUAAUCAACAAUCAUUUACAACGUACAAGAUAUUGGAGGAAUUUGGGUCAAGUACAUCUGAUGGUGGUUCAAAGAUUGGUAUUGGGAGACAGAGAAGAGUUGCCUUGUUGUUUAGGGUAUUGUAUUCACGUCAUACAUUUGAUAAACCACAGUCUAUCAAAUUCUUUGCUAUCCUCGAACUACUUUUGGCCAAGGGUACACCGAUCGACGCCAAGACGAUUCGUGGUGAGACUGCUCUGCACCGUGCAUGCUUUUUCGGGAGUAUGCAGGUGGUUUCAUUCCUCAUUGAUCACGGUGCACAGCUUAAUAUCCAAAACAAGCGUGGUGAGACACCACUGUUCUUUGCGGUGAUUGGACGUCACCGUACUAUCGUCACUACGUUGGUUGAAAAUGGUGCCGACUGUGUACUUGGUGGUGCCACGGGCAAUUCACUCGACGCCUCUAAAAUGACCGAGCAGACAGACUUGUUUUAUUUCUUGUGUGGCUUUGCUCAAUCACUCGAAUCAUUCCAAUACAAUGAAGAGGAUGAUGAGGUUGAAUCAGAGGAUCCUCAAAAUGUAGAUAAUAAUCAAAAUAAUAAUAAUGUAAAUAGUCAUAAACAUAAACAUGGUCAAGAUUGCCAACAUGGUCACGAUACAGAUAACAACAACGAUGAUGAUGAUGAUGAUAAUAAUAAUAAUGAACAAAAGGAAGAACAUAGUUCAUUACAAUACCAAUUAAUAGAAAAGAAAUUAAAGGAAAAGAAUGACAAACUUAAAAUUCAUCAUCAUAAUUUUUAUCCACAUUUAUUUGUAUUGACUGAUUUUAAAGGACCUACAUGGUGUUCAUUGUGUGGAUACUUUUUAUGGGGACUUCGUAAACAAGGAUUCUCGUGUGAGGCUUGUGGUUACAUUGCUCAUCCAAAGUGUAAAAAGAGGGCAAUCCUCCAAGAGAGUUGUAUGAUCCUCAAACAAAAUCGUCCUCAAGAUCUAACUUCAUCGACCAAUAGUAAUGGCAGUAGUAGUACUUCAUCAGAACAACAAAGAAGUUUAACAAGCUCAGUCAAUGAAUAUUUAUCUGCAAGUGGUCAACAUCAACAACCUUUAUUAAAACAAUCAAUUAAUAGAAAAAGAUUAGAAAGUUUAUAUAAUCAAUUUAAUCAAUUGGAUAAAGAACAACAAGGAUGUAUUCAUCAAAAGGAAUUUGGUCAAUGUUUGGGUUCACUUAUUAGUGAAUCAAAAUUCUUUUAUGAAGCUCUUUUCAAUGCAUUCGAUUCCAAUCAUGAUGGUAAAAUGGAUUUAAAGGACUUUUUACGUGGAGUAUCAGUUUUACAAAAUAGUUCAUUUGAUGAACAAAUUCAUUUUGCAUUUUCAAUGUUGGAUGUUAAUCGUAGAGGAUAUAUAACUCUUAGAGAAUUUAUUUAUGUAGUGGAAUCGAUUCAAGUAUCAUUAUCUGCUUUGAGUAUUAAAAUAAUGUCACCCCAGAAAAUAGCAGAGCGUGUAUUCCCAGAGACUUUGAUAUUCAAAUUUAUCCCAACUGGAUUUGUCAGAUCAAAGGGACCGAAUCGAUCUGAUUUACAACGAUCCGAUCAAUCUAUUCUCAGUCUACAUCGAACAUUGUCAUUAUCUUCAUCAUCCAUUCCAGAGGAAGACCCAGCAUCAUCAACCAACUCUUCAACUUGUUCAUCACCACUUUCACUUUCACCAUCACCAUCUAUUGCUCUCAAAGCAUCUUCUCUUCCCAUUUUACCAAAGUCUUCUGUAACUGAUAAUAGUAGUAUCACUUCUUCUCUACCAGAGGCUGAGUCUGAUUCUAUUAAUAUAGAUGCAGCAACAACAACAACAAUUACUGCUGCUGCAUCAUCAUCAACAUUGAAUCGUAGUAAUAGUACAAAUAGUGUUUCGUCUGCGUCAAUUGUUGCCAAUGCAUUGAAUUCAAUGGAUAAAAAGUCAACUUCAACCUCCUCCUCUUCCUCUACAACAACUUUGACGAGUCAAGAAUCGUCGUCAUCAUCAUCACAUUCCGCAAUGUCACAAUCCUUACCAGCCAAUUUAAAGAGUUUAAUGGCCAAGGAAAACAUACCACGCCACCACCCACAAGAAUAUACCAAGCAAUUGAACCUUGAGGCCAAGAUUACAUUUGAAGAUUAUAAACAAGCCAUGAUGUCACAUUCAUUUUUUAUUCAAAGUAUGGGUGUCAUUGAAAGUGACACUAACAGCAAUACCGCCGACUCGACGACCGUCAAGCAAAGUAUUCGCGAAACCAAUCUACUGAAAAAGUGGAUGAGUUUUGAAGGAAAGGAAAUUACAUUGGGUCAUGAAAGUUGGGAAACUAUGCAAUUUAUUAUGAUUGGUAUUAGAAGAGCCAUUGGUGAAACGAUUACUUUACCAAAUAGACCAUUAAAACAAAAAGAUUUUGAAUUAAUUGUUGAAUUUAAAUAUAAUGGAUGGACAUUUAAAGAUCAUUCACCAUUCCCAUUUAAAAGAAUUAGGGAGAUUUUAGAAAUUGAUUCAAAAUAUUUUAUGUUUUCAUUGGGACCAGAAAAGAUAUUUGGUAAUCUAUUGUUGGGUAAUCUUUCGAAUCUAUGUGAAGUUGUCAGUAGUGGAAGAAGUGGAUCCAGUUUCUUUAGAUCAAAUGAAGGUCGUUAUUUAAUUAAAACCAUACCUCAAAAUGAAGAAACUGUCCUCAAGACAAUCCUACCAUCCUAUCUACAACAUUUAACAAAAUAUCCAAAUAGUUUAUUAGCUAAAACUCUUGGUUAUUAUAGUAUGUUUGGAGCAAAGGAUUAUAGAUUUUUAGUAAUGAAUAAUUUAUUCUAUACACCUCUACCAAUACAUGAAAAGUAUGAUUUGAAGGGAUCUACUGUUGGAAGACACGUUGAACAAUCGGCAGCAGAGGAUGACGGCAAUUUAAAUGCCGAGAUGGCACUUAAAGAUUUGGAUUUUAAGAGAAAGAUAACCAUUGGACCAGGAUUCAAGGCACCAUUGAUGGAACAGAUCGAACACGAUACAAAGCUGCUAGAAUCUCACAAUAUUUGCGAUUACAGUCUGUUGGUUGGUGUUCAUCGUGUCGAUGAAUACUCACCCAUUGCACUUGCCUCGGAUGACCAUCUUUCCAAGGACAUCUUUACUGUUCUCGAUGAAGGAUUCUUUAAAAAGUCGGGUGGAACAGCCCCCAUCUUUAAUCAACACUAUGGUGGCAUAUUGUCAUCCGACAAGAAAGAAGUCUACUUUAUUGCAAUCAUUGAUAUCUUUACAACUUAUGAUUUUAGAAAGAAAUAUGAAAAUAUGUUUAAAUCUUUGGUUCAUGAUUCUAAUAAAAUAUCAGCAAUUGAUCCUGCAAGAUAUAGAAAGAGAUUCCAACAAUUACUUCAACAUAUUGUAGAGUAG